CCCCUGGCAGCGACUACAAUAUCGUACUUAUAUUCCCCAUACUCUGGGCGUGAAAAAGCUAUCGACGCACCUAUAGUAUGUAUGUGCGCAAUGCAUGCCGUAACGCACGCUACGCAUCCAGUCGGGUUGAAGUCUUGCUCUGCAACUUCCAGCGCAUGGUCACCUUCUCCACAAUAGCUCCAUGCAUAGAUCAAAAGGAAGCCGAAAACGUACAUCAAGCUGAAUCAUCACUGUUGUACCAGCCUCCUCAAAUACCCACAUCUGUCCUCCGCGCAAGGGAAAGCACUGUCGAGAGGGUCGCGAAGCUCGUGCAGAAAGAGUAUGGCCAGCAAUAUUCUGUACAGUUGUUCGGCAGCACACGAUGCGGUACAGACUCGCCGUUCAGUGAUCUUGAUAUAGUAGUCCUGGAUCCAUCGAGGCCUUGCGGUAACUCGCCAAAGGUCACUAAACAGCCCCUUCCAGUUGUUUAUAAUGUAUGCCUCCUCGCUAGAAAGCUAAGAGCAAAUGGUUACACGCAAGUGUUGUGUAGACCAUCAGCAACCGUCCCCAUAGCAAAAUGUACCGACCCCCGCACCGGCAUCUCGUGCGAUAUUGAAAUCAACGAUCGCCUCGGCAUCAAAAACACUGAGCUCAUCAAGCGCUAUUGCGAACUGCAUCCGUCAUUACGUGCGGUGCUUAUCGUGCUCAAGAGGUGGGCAAAGCCGCUCGGCCUGAACAACCCAUCGGGCGAGGGUACACAUAGGAAAGCCAGUUUCAGUAGCUACGCAUUCGCCAUGAUGUCGAUCGGGUUAUAUCAGCGGCGUGGAUGGCUGCCGAAUAUGCAAGCCAGCGUUCACGCCUCCGCACCUCGCGAGGAAGACCUCUUUUGGAUACAACGCAAACGAUUAAAACCAAGGGGGUUUAUUAACAUCCCGUGCGAUACUCGCUACAAUUUAUGCAAAGACUGGGCCCCUCGCGGACCUGACAAUGUGUGUCUAGCCCUUUUGGAGUGGUUUCGAUACUGGGCUGACGAACACAAUUAUGCAGCGGAUGUAAUGAGCGUGAGGCACGGCGGGCGAAAAUCGCGGAAGGCCAUGCUCCUUAAAGCGUCAGGUGCUAGCAUGUGCGCGGGUGAUUUUGGUCGCAAUAUAGCGCUGAUGAGCGGCGGCAACGGACAACGUUCAGGACAGCAGUGGAUGAACCCGCCGCUGUGUGUGGGCGAUCCGUUCAUACCUGACAAGAAUCUGACUGUCAGCAUUGGCCAUAGCGUCUUGCAACGCUUCCGAGCGGAGUGUCGAUCAGCCGCCGCGGUACUUGAGCGUACGUCCAGCAUCCCAGACUUGUGGCGCGCACACCGAAGGCACAUCUGAAGGGUGUGAAAGAUAGAGUGAGAUGUUAGUAUAGGCAUCCCUAAUGAACUCAGCCUUGCAACUG